AUGUACCUCCUUCAACCUUUCCUCACCUUCUUCCUCCUAACCCUAACAACCUGCACCCCAAUCCCAACCCCUCGCACCCGCGACGCAACAGCAGUAAUAAACGACCUCAGCAAGAUAACCACCGACCUCUCCGCCCUCACCAAAAGCAUAGUAGCCUACAACGGCGGAAUCCCCGCCGCACUAGAUAUCCAGGUGAAAGAGAUGGUCGUAGAAAAUGACCUCGACCAGGCGACGAGGGACACCAUUGCUGCUCCGCCGUUCACAGUAAGUGAGAGCGCUGCCACGACGACAGCUUUGUUGGGAUUGGAGCCGGAUGUUAAGACUGCGCUUGUGACGCUGGUUCAGAAGAAACCACUCGUCGAUGAAGCGAGAAUAGGUGCUAUCGUGAGAAUGAAUCUAGUGAACCUUAGAAGCAGGACUGGUUCUCUCUCCACGGCACUGCAAAAUAAGGCGACCGCAGUCGAUAAGGAUACGCUUGCUAGUAAGACGACGGAGUUGAAUGCCGGGUUUGAUACUGCCAUUAGAGUGUAUUCUUAG